CGGCCGCCGACGCCCCUUCUCUUUCUCCCUCCGCCUUCGCGCCCAGGUGCGCGCCUGCGGAGGAGGCGGCGGGCGGCCCCCCGUCUCUCAGGCCGCGGUUCCUUUUCGGGCAGAGGGCGACGCCUGCCAGAGGGCGCUGGGAAGCGCCGCGCCCGCGGGGCCGCCUCUCCCUCCCCGAACUUUCCCGUUUCCCGUGCGCGGGGCGGGGAUCUCCGCCGGCCGCCCCGCUCCGCCGGCGUCACAUGGUGCUGAGGGAGGAGGGGGAGCCGCCCCCCGGCCCUCGAGUUUAUUCCAGUCUCGACGCUCAACUCCGGCGGGGCCGGGCGGAGCGGCAUCGGGCAGACGCCGCUGCCCGCUUUACGGCGGCUGGGGAGCGGCUCCGAGCGCGGCGCGUCCCUCCCGCCGAUGCCCCGCCGUGCCCCACCGCCGGCCCGGCGGCUGCGGGAGGAUGCGGCUCUUCCUCCUCGCCGCUACUUUCUGCGGACUGUGCCUGGCUCCAGGUUUCGGUUUACAAAUACAGUGCUACCAGUGCGAGGAGUUCCAGCUAAACAAUGACUGCUCCUCUCCGGAGUUCAUUGUGAAUUGUACAGUGAACGUUCAAGAUAUGUGUCAGAAAGAAGUAAUGGAGAAAAGUUUUGGAAUCAUGUAUCGCAAAUCCUGCGCGUCUUCAGCAGCGUGUCUGAUAGCUUCUGCUGGAUACCAAUCUUUUUGCUCUCCAGGGAAAGUGAACUCUGUGUGCAUCAGCUGCUGCAACACUCCGCUCUGCAAUGGACCCCGGCCGAAGAAAAGGGGGAAUUCUGGUGUGAAACUGAGGGCACACGUGAUAACCACCGCUCUGCUCCUUACAUUCUCUCUCUUGUUUUUGUAUUGCUAA